CUUAUAGUCUACGAGCCUUGAUCCGCUCCAUCAUCGAUCCUUAGCAAUGGCCAUGAUUUAGAGAUUCGCCAAUCAAGUUAGUGCAUCGCACUGUCCCUUCAGGCUUCAACAGCAGAUAAUCAAUUGACGCCCCACAUAAGGUGAAAACGAUACGGUACAAUCUGCCACAAGAAGACUUUUCCGCGCAAUUUCUAGCAGUGCCGUUGAUUACAAUCUGCCACAUGAAGAAUUUUCCGCGCAAUUUCUAGCAGUACAGUUGAUUCUACGGUCUGUUGAAAAGCAACUGUAAUUUGAACUUACGCUAAGUACGGUCGAUUUUUAUAUAAACCCCACAAACCCACAUUAAAACCCUAAAUAUUCCUUCAAGAAGAAGAUUUUUUACUCCAAUUUUUUCCCCCUUCUGAGAGAGUCUAGAGAAAAUGAAUGGCAGAACCCAGGAGUCUCUGCGAGGAGUCCUGUAAGCACUUGAUAGUUGAUACGACAUUGACUUGUUCCUCAGUUUGUUGGAUUCCUGUAAUGUAAUGGAGCUGGAUACUCUUGCUUCUGAGUCAAUGUGCGUAACAUAAUAAUUAACUGUUUCGAUCAAGCCAUUGACUUUUCUACCUGACGUCUCAUGAAAAUUUCUGAAAGAUAUUAGAAAAUGUCUGAGUGCAAUAAACCUUUUAGAGGCGAUCAACCUUCAAUUGCAUACAGAUUUAGCCAAGUAGAGGGGGCAUCCUUUGAGGUUGUCCAUAAAGAAUAUACCCCCACUCCCUCUAAUAGCAAUCAUCAUAGCAACAUAAAAUCUGAACACAAGUCAUCAGCAAUACUGAGCACGGCUGAGCUGAUCUUUGCACUUGGCCAGCUAUGGGAUCGUGCAAAUGAUCGAGCUGUUACUCAACCAAACACAAAACUGAACUAUGAUGGUAAUAGCUGCCAAAAGAAGGUUACGCUGGAGAAUCCGGGUAGAAAAGUAGUUAGCAAGGCACAUAGUUCUGUUAAUGGUGAAUAUUUCUGCUUUGAUUUAGAGAGUACUAACCAUUUUAUACCAAUGGUGCAGCCAACAUUUGAGUUUCUUAAAGUAAAGCAGAAGAUGCUGGUGGUUGAAUGUUUUAGUGAAGCUUUUACUCAGUCAUUAUCUUGGAGAUUUCUGCGAAGUUGCUCCGAAUUUUCGGAUGAAACUUGGAAAGGAAAGGGACUUGCAAGCAUAGGGAUCUCCCAUAACUUAGAUAAAGUAUAUGGGUGGAUGAAGGAAAUGGUUCCCGCUGGACGAAAAUAUCCUGUCAAUAUCUCGGCUAAUGAAAACAAUAAAACUCAUGAUUGCUGCAGUCUUGGAGGUAAUUCCAGCAUUGUAGGGAGAUGCAUAUCAGGAAAUAAUAGAAAUCCUGCUUACAGUUCAGUUGGAGGCCCUGAACACCAUUCUGAUUUUUUCAAGUCAAAAGAAGCAUUGUCAUGUGAGAACACAUGGGUGGAAACAAGUGCAGGACUUACCCAUUCUCUGUACUCGGAUUAUUUCUGCAAUUCUGUAGAUACUAAGGCAGAUGUUCGUUUUUUAUGUACGCCUAAUUCUAGUCUUUGCACAGAUUAUCAUAUUAAUGUUUUAGCUUCAUGUGGGAGUACACAUGAAGAAUCUAAACAUAAGAUUGAUGGUGGUGAGCUGCCUGAAACAAAAAUUCAACAGCCUGAGAAGUAUGCCGCUGUGUGCAAAAAUGGUAUUGAUAUUCACCCGUCAGUGCGUGAAAGACCUCGUUUCAUUCUUGCUAAGCAAGAGCAUGCUUUUUCUGGAGCAUUGGCUGGUGUAUUUGUUAGCCUCUGUCUGCAUCCUAUCGACACAGUUAAGACAGUUAUUCAAGCUUGUCGCGCCGAGCAGAAGUCCAUCUGUUACGUUGGAAAAUCAAUUGUUUCUGAAAGAGGUAUGAUGGGACUUUAUCGUGGAAUUUCCAGCAAUAUUGCAUCCUCUGCUCCUAUCUCUGCUAUUUACACUUUUACAUAUGAAUCAGCCAAAGGGGCUUUACUUCCUUUUUUCCCCAAGGAGCACCAGUCGGUUGCUCAUUGCAUUGCUGGUGGUUGUGCAAGCGUUGCAACUUCAUUUAUCUUUACCCCUAGCGAGCGAAUAAAGCAGCAGAUGCAAAUUGGUGCCCGCUAUAAUAACUGCUGGAAUGCCCUUGUUGGAAUUAUCGGAAAGGGCGGCUUGCCUUCAUUAUAUGCUGGAUGGGGAGCUGUGCUCUGUAGGAAUGUUCCCCACUCAAUCAUCAAGUUUUACACUUAUGAAAGCUUGAAGAGGUUGAUGAUAUCACAAAAAUCUAAUGCUCAACCUAGCACAUUGCAAACUUUAGUUUGUGGAGGAAUGGCAGGAUCCACUGCUUCUUUAUUCACAACUCCUUUUGAUGUGGUAAAGACAAGACUACAAACACAGGUUCCUGGGUCGAUGAGCCGAUAUCAUAACUGUUUCCAUGCUCUUAAAGAAAUAGGCAAACGGGAAGGAUUGAAGGGUCUGUACAGGGGAUUGAUACCAAGAUUCAUUAUGUACAUGUCUCAAGGAGCGCUCUUCUUUUCAUCUUAUGAAUUUUUAAAAAGUUUAUUUUCUUUGGAGAUGCAACCGCUUAAUGACCAAAGAAUCAAGUACAAAAAGGAAAGUGAAGUUGAUUCAACACCAUUACCUUCCCCAUCCUAACAAAAAAGGCUGCAUGGUAGCAUUCAUUUGUAUUUUUUUUACAUGAGCAUAAAGAGAGUUUUUUUUCUUUUUUUUCUAGUUCACUGAUAUCUCUCUGGUAACACAAUUGUGUGGAGUCUGAGGCAUAUCAAGAUUCAAUUCAACCAAUCCUUGCUAAUGCCAGCUUAUAGAUAAGGAAGAAGUGUCUAUUGAAAUAACUUUUUCGUCGGAACUAGAAGUUGUGCCUGAAAUGUGAACUGUGAAGUAUUGGGUUUGCCAGUUGUUUUGGCUGAAUGAGAAGUCUGUCCCACAAUAUCUUAGGCUGUAUUCGCUCACUUUUAGGUCACUGAGACCACACGGCUGCCACUGGCUGUGCAUUGUACUAUUGCAAAGUGUUGUUUUUCCUGAUGAUCUGAUUCAUUGUUGUAACCUAUCAAAGUUCAUAAUGAGAAAAAGGAAUACUUGA